AUGGUUUUCAUUCCUCGAUUUUAUUUAUUUAGUUAUACGAAAAAAUUAAUGAAGUUAAAUAGAUAUUAUUCUAGUAGAAAUGUUUUGAAACUACAUGAAAGAGGGUUCUAUUCUGAUUUGUUUCCUUAUAAAACUGCUGAUGAAGUUUUAGAUCUUUUAAAUAGUGCAGAUCAAACAGUAUAUGCAGGGUUUGAUCCAACAGCUGACAGUUUACACAUUGGCAAUCUAUUAGUUCUUAUUAAUUUACUACAUUGGCAAAGAUCAGGACACCAGGUAAUAGCUCUCAUUGGGGGUGCAACAGCACAAAUUGGUGACCCUAGUGGUAAACUAUCUGAAAGAGAUAAAAUGAAAGCACACUUAGUAGAAGAAAAUACAGAAAAAAUUGAAAAUUGUAUAAAAAAUAUAUUUGAUAAUCAUUUAGAAUAUUUUUGUGACAAGGGAGAAACACAUAAAAAUAUUCAAGAGUUACAGAUAGUCAAUAACACUGAUUGGUAUUGUAAUAUGUCUGCUUUAAACUUUAUUAAUAACAUAGGAAGAAACUUUAGGUUAGGGCCAAUGCUUGGAAAACAAAGUAUAAGAACUAGAAUGUCUACAGACGAGGGACUUUCUUUUUCAGAAUUUUCAUACCAAAUUUUUCAGGCUUACGAUUGGUUGCAUCUAUUUCAAAAUUAUAAUUGUCGAUUUCAAGUAGGAGGUAGUGAUCAAUUGGGAAAUAUCGUUUCUGGCUAUGAUUUAAUACAAAAAUUUCAUAAAGUACCAGUGUAUGGAUUAACAAUACCUCUAAUUACAACAGAGGAAGGAGAUAAAUUUGGUAAAACAGCUGGAAAUGCAAUUUGGUUGUCCAAAGAAAAAACUUCAGCUUUUCAAUUGUAUCAAUUUUUAAUUCGAAUAAAAGAUAGCGAUGUGCAAAAACUAUUAAUGCUUUUCACAUUUGAAACAAUGCCUAAAAUAUUAGAAAUUAUGAAUGAACAUUGGAAAACACCUCAUAAAAGGAUAGCUCAAAAAGUAUUAGCUGAAAACAUUGUUAAAUUAGUACACGGACCUGCCGGUCUACAACAAGCUGAAAAUGUAACUGCAGCUUUAUAUGAAAAUAAUUUAGAACAUUUAAAAAAAUUAGAACCGUUAGAUUUACAAUCAGUUUUCGAAGGAGCAACAUUUACUGAAUUACUAUUGGAACCGGGGACGACAAUACUCGAAGCAGCCGUUAAAGCUGGUUGUUUUAAAACAAAAUCUGAUGCCGUUCGAAUAAUAUCAGCUGGAGGAUUUUACAUAAAUCAUCAAAAAGUUAACAACGGACAAGAAGUUAUUUCCAUGCCGAGUCACAUAUUACCAAAUAACGUGUCGUUAAUGAGGGUUGGAAAAAAGAAUUACACGAUUGUUAAAUGGUCUUAA